AUGUUGAUAAAUAUAAAAAGCAUCUUAUGGAUGUGCUCAACUUUAAUAGUAACCCAUGCAAUGCAUAAAGUCAAAAUGGAAAAAAGCCCACCUGUUAAGGGCUCUCUGUCUGGAAAAGUCAGCCUACCUUGUCAUUUUUCAACCAUGCCUACCUUACCACCCAAUUAUAACACCAGUGAAUUUCUCCGAAUCAAAUGGUCUAAGAUUGAAGUGGACAAAAAUGGAAAAGAUUUAAAGGAGACUACAGUUCUUGUAGCCCAAAAUGGGAAUAUCAAGCUUGGUCAGGGCUACAAAGGUAGAGUGUCUGUGCCUACCCAUCCGGAGGCCGUGGGCGACGCCUCCCUCACCAUGGUCAAACUGCGUGCUAGCGAUGCGGGCCUCUACCGCUGCGAUGUCAUGUAUGGAAUUGAAGACACCCAAGACACAGUGUCUCUGACUGUGGAUGGGGUUGUGUUUCACUACAGGGCAUCAACCAGCAGGUACACUCUGAAUUUUGAAACUGCUCAGAAGGCUUGCUUGGACAUUGGAGCAGUCAUAGCAACCCCGGAGCAGCUCUUUGCUGCCUACGAAGAUGGAUUUGAGCAGUGUGAUGCAGGCUGGCUGUCUGAUCAGACUGUUAGGUACCCCAUCCGGACUCCCCGAGAAGGCUGUUAUGGAGAUAUGAUGGGAAAGGAAGGAGUCAGGACCUAUGGAUUCCGUUCUCCUCAGGAAACUUAUGAUGUAUAUUGUUACGUGGAUCAUCUGGAUGGUGAUGUGUUCCACAUCACUGCUCCCAAUAAAUUCACCUUUGAGGAGGCUGAAGAAGAGUGUGAGAACCAGGACGCCAGGCUGGCGACGGUGGGGGAACUCCAGGCGGCAUGGAGGAACGGCUUUGAYCAGUGUGAUUAUGGGUGGCUGUCGGAUGCCAGCGUGCGCCACCCUGUGACUGUGGCCAGGGCGCAGUGUGGAGGUGGUCUACUUGGGGUGAGAACCCUGUAUCGUUUUGAGAACCAGACAGGCUUCCCUCCCCCUGAUAGCAGAUUUGAUGCCUACUGCUUUAAACCUAAACAGAAUAUAACAGAGUCUACAACCGUCGAAUUGAAUAUCCUCGCAGAAACUACAUCACCCAGUUUAUCCAAAGAACCACAAAUGGUACUCGACAGAACUACACCAAUCAUCCCUUUAGUCACCACAUUACCUAUCAUUACAAAAAAGUUCCCUCCUAUAGGAAAUAUGGUCAAUUUUGAACAGAAAGCCACCACCCAAUCUCAGGCGAUCACAGACAGAUUAGCCACUGUGUCACACACGUCCGUUGGGAGUUCUGAGAAGCCUUGGGAUAUGGACUACUACUCACCUUCUGCUUCAGGACCACUUGAAAAGCCAGACAUAUCUGAAAUUAAGGAAGGAAUGCUCCAAAGUACAACUGUUGUCUUCCAGCAUGCUACUGAUUCUUGGGAUGGUAUCAUGGAAGAUACAGAAACAAAAGAAUCAGUAACACAGAUUGAGCAAAUAGAAGUGGGUCCUUUAGUAACAUCUAUGGAAAUCUCAAAGCACACUCCUUCCAAGGAAUCAUUUGUAACCAAAACACCAUUUGUAUCCACAGAAAUGACCUCAGAAUCCAAAACUGAAGAGAAAACAAUAAGCACCACUCCUGAUUUGGUGAGCACAAGUCACUCUGAAUUCACCUUGGGAAAAGAAGAUAGUGAAGACAGAAUACUUACAGCUAGAUCUGAUCAGGGUACCUUGGUCCUUAGCCAAAUACCCGAAGUCAUUACAGUAUCAAAGACUUCAGAAGACACCACCCACUCUCAGUUAGAGGACUUGGAGUCAAUCUCAGCAUCCACAACUGUUUCCCCCAUAAUGAUGCCUGACAAUGAUGGAUCUUCGAUAGACAGCUGGGAAGAGAAACAAACAAAUGGUAGGAUAACUGAAGAUAUAUUUAGCCCAUCUUCGUCUACUACACCUUUUCCAUCACAGCACAUUACAGAAGUAGAAUUGUUCCCUUAUUCUGGUGAUAAAAUAUUAGUAGAGGGAAUAUCUACAGUUAUUUACCCCUCACCACAAACAGAAAUGACACAAGGAAGAGAAAGAACAGAAACACCGAGGCCAGAGAUGGGAACGGGUCCUCAUACAGAUGUUGGAAUACAGGAAAAGUUCACCAAAGAUCCAUUUAUAGGUAAAACAGAGGAAGAAGACUUCUCUGAAAUGAAGCGCUCUACGUCUCCUUCAGAUCAAAUUCAUUUUACACAAUCUACUAUGGAAAUGACCACAUCUUUUGAUUCCCCAUCGUGGACAACAAUGAAGCCAACUGUGAAGCCAACAGAAGCAAAAGAUGUUGAGGAAGACAGUGGAACAGCUCUGGUUGGAUUAGGAACAGAUGGCUAUCAAGGUACUGCCAAGUCUGAGGAAGAUAUUACCACAGUGCAUUCAACCCACAGUACUUUAAGUGUGGAGGUGGUCACUGUAUCAAAGUGGUCAUGGGAUGAAGACAAUGCAACAUCAAAGCCUUUAGAGUCCACAGAACAUGCACACUCUCCAGAAUUUCCUCCUGUCUUACUCACCACUAUGGGAACAAAUGGAAAGGAUCAAGAAAUCCCAAGCUUUACUCAAGAUGGAGGAGAUGAAUUUACUCUUAUUCCAGAUAGUGCUCAAAAGCCAUUAGAAAAGCUCACAGAUCAUGGGAAAUUCACAGUUAAAUUUCAGCCAACUACAUCUAUUAGUAUAGCAGAAAAGUCAACUUCUAGACCUUCAACCACUGAAGAAAGAGUUCCACCUACCACAAGCACAGAAGAACAAGUUCAUGCAACCACAGAAGGAAGUGCCAUGGACGAAGAAGAAGAUAUAGACAUCUCUAAGCCAGAACCUACUGUCUCUCCCUUUGCAUACACUUCAGAUGUGGAAGGAGUAACAUUUGUUAAUUAUAGUAGCACCCAGGAGCCUACUACCUAUGUAGACAUUUCCUAUACCAUUCCUCUCUCUGUAAUUCCCAAGACAGAAUGGGGUGUGUUAGUACCUCCUGCUCCAUCAGAAGGUGAAGUUCUAAGGGAACCCUCUCAAGACAUACGUGUCAUUGAACAUAUUCACCCAGAAGCAACUGUGUCUCCUGAAACUCUGAGAACAACAGAAAUCUCACAGGGAACAAGUCAGGAAGAAUUCCCUUGGGAUGAACCGACUUCAGGGAAACCAGUUCCUGCUCUGAGUUCUACAGUGGGUCCCCCCCAGGAGGCAACCACAUCUUUGGAUGAAGAGGGUGAUGGAUCAGCAUUUACAGUCUCUGAAGAUAUAUUGGGAACAGGUUUUACGAGAGUCCCGAUUUUAGAAACAACUCCAUUUGGAAAAAUUGAGUCUUAUCCACCUGGUGCUGUAACUGAGCACAAAGCAGAAAAAGAUGAAAUGGUAACACUAAUACCAAGUGUCAGGCCCAAAGAAUUUUUAACUCCAGAACCUGAAGAAAAAUAUGAAGCAGAAGGUAGUAGUACAACAGAAUUUGUGUCACCUUUGAGUCCUCUGAGCACCCGUGUUACCCAGUUUGUAGAGGAAGCCACUACUGAGAAAAGAGAGAAAACCUCUCUAGAUUAUAUUGAUAUAGGCUCAGGGUUAUUUGAAAAGCCCAAAGCCACAGAUCUUGCAGAAUUUUCAACAGUCAAAGCUACGAUUCCAAGUGACAUCCCCAUUGCCUUCAGCCCAGUAGACAGACUCCACACAAUCCCAGCAUUCAAGCCAUCUACCGCAUUCACUGAAAAACCACUUCUCAUUGACAGGGACCUUGGCGAGAAAACAACACGAGACAUGGUACUCAUUGCACAAUCAACAUCUCAUGUUCCUCCCACCACCCUUGUUGAUAUUGUAACUAAGGAAACAGAAACCGAUAUUGAUAGAGAGUAUUUCACCACGUCAAGUAUUUCUGCUACACAGCCAACAAGACCACCCACUGUGGAAGGCAAAGAGGCCUUCAGACCUCAGGCAUUUUCCACUCCACAUCCCCCGGAGGGGACAAAAUUCCACCCUGAUGUAAAUGUUUAUAUUAUUGAGGUCAGAGAAAACAAGACAGGUCGAAUGAGUGAUUUGAGUGUAAUUGGUCAUCCAAUAGAUUCAGAAUCUAAAGAAGAUGAACCUUGUAGUGAAGAAACAGAUCCAGUGCAUGAACUAAUUGCUGAAAUUUUACCUGAUUUACCUGAAAUAUUUGAAAUAGAAAUAUACCACAGUGAAAAUGAAGGGGAAAAUGAAGACUGUGAAAAUGCUACUGAUGUAACCACCACACCUUCUGUGCAGUACAUUAAUGGGAAGCACCUAGUCACCACUGUGCCCAAGGACCCCGAAGCUGCAGAAGCUAGGCGUGGCCAGUUUGAAAGUGUUGCACCUUCUCAAAAUUUCUCAGAGAGCUCUGAAAGUGAUACCCAACAAUUUGAAGUAGCAGAGACAGAAUUGUCUACUGUUGUGCAACCUAAUGAAUCUAAAGAAACCACUGAAUUUCUGGAAAUUACAUGGAAACCUGACACUUACCCUGAAACACCAGAACAAUUUUCAGGUGGUGAGCCUGAUAUGUUCCCCACAGCCGCAUCCCAUGAAGGAAAAACCACAGAAGGGGCAGAGUUAAUUACAGAGAGAGGUCCUAAACUUGAAAAUCUGAUGCAUGAGCAUCCUGAACCUGUAUCUCCCUUUUCUGAAGAGUCUUCAGGAGAGUCUGCCAUUGACCAAGUAUCUCAGAAAAUGAUCUUUUCAAGGGCCACACAGGUAACUUUAGGUGAAGAGGUGGAAAAAAGUACUUCUGUCACAUAUACUCCCAGGAUGGAUCCAAGUUCUGCGGCAAUAAAUGUUUCAGAGAAAGAAUCAGUUACCCUAGCAGAAAAUCCACGGCCUGAUGGACUUUUCUCUACAAUGGAAAGCUGGAUAGAAAUAACUCCUAGACAAAUUGUGGAGCUCUCAGGAAGUUCUGCAAUUCCAAUCCUGGAAAGCUCUGGGGAAGUGGAAGAUUUUAAAGAUAACAUGUUGAACAUGGUAACUGAUUUAUCAAAAAAUACCACAGAUACACUCUUUACUUUAGACACUGGCAAGAUAAUGAUCACAGAAAAUCUUUUUGAUGUUCCUGCGACCACCAUUGACACAGUUUCUGAAGAACCUUCCGUAGAAGUCAUGCCUACAAAAUUCAUAAGUGAAACAGAAAAUUCCAAGUGGGUUUUCAGUACAUCCCUUGAGGGAAAGGAAAGGAAGGAGGAGGAGGAGGGAACAACAGGUACAACAUCUACCUUUGAGGUAGAGUCACUGACACAGAGAGCAGAUCAAUUAAUUUUACACCCUGAAUUAGGAAGUUCAAAUGAACCUACAUCUACUGAUACAGCUACCAGGAAAAGUUUGAUAUCCUCGCCAACGCCCACACAAUUUUCAGAUGAAAUGACAAGUUCUACRCUUGUCUUUACAGAGACAAAUGUUUUAGUCAAUUCGGGGGCACAGCCCUUUGAACACAGCAGUACUAGCCAACCAGGGGACCCAGAAAGGCUGACCACUCUUUCAGGUGGCCCUGUCUCUCUCUCUAUUGAGCAGGGCUCUGGAGAAGCUGCUGCUGACCCAGAAACCACAACUGUUUCUUCAUUUUCUUUAAAUUUAGAACCAGAAAUUCAAACCGAAAAGGAAGCUGGCACUUCGUCUCCCCAUGUGGAAACAACAUUCUCCUCUGAGCCUACAGGACCAUUUUUGAGUACUGUAAUUGACAGAAAAGUCACUGAAWUUAUAAGCCAAACAUCCAAGGAAAAAUUAAUUUCAGAGGUACCAGGAGAACCAAAUUAUGGGGCAGAAAUAAGGGUCAUUCCUACAGGUUUUCCUUUGGAAGAAGAUUUCAGUGGUGACUUAAUGGAAUACUCAACAGUAUCUCAUCCCAUAACAAAAGAAGAAACAGUGAUGAUGGAAGGCUCUGCGGAUGAAGCAUUUAGGAAUACCCAGAUUUUAUUACCUACCAAACCUACUUCAGAUCACAGCAAUCACAUGCCUAACUCAGAAGCACCCAGUAGCACCAUGGUCAGCACAUCAGCUUUCCCCUGGGAAGAGUUUACAGCUUCUGCUGAGGGUUCAGGUGAGCAACAGGUCACAGUCAGCAGCUCUGUUGACCUAGUGCUUCCCACAGUUGUGGAAAACAUUUUGGAUACAGAGUCUCCAUUUAUUAACCCAGGAUUCAGAGAAACGGAUGCUAUUGAUGAAGUGGAUAAAAGAUCCACAAUUUUGCCAACAGCAGAAGCUGAAAGUACUGCAGAUCCAACAGGAAAGGGGGAAGUAAAGGUCAAUGGCACAGCUUCAAUGGACUUUCUGCAAACRAUGGAGCCAGCCAGAUUAUGGUCCAGGCAAAACACCAACCCUGUGAGUCAAGGGAUUGAGAGUGAAGCAGAAUCAGAGGAAAAGAGUCAAGAACACAAAUCUUUAGAAUCCUCCCAAAGCUCUCUUGGACCAGAACAAACAACUUUUGAUUCACAAACACUUACCGAAAUUGAACUCCAGACUACAGAUUAUCCUACAAAGAAAACUUACAGUGCUGAUAAGCAAAUUGGCGUUUCCUUGGUUCACAUGUCUACUCCAGAUCCAGAUGUAAAAAGCCUAGAGUCAUAUACCUCUCUCCCUGAGCCAACUGCAGAGUCACAUUUCUUCUUAACUACUGCCUUAGUGACUGAAUCUAUACCGGCUGAAAAUGCAGUCACAAACUUAUCAACUAAAGAUGAAGAAAGUAUAAAGCUCUUUCCCAAAGGUAUGAGACCAACAAUUCAAGAGUUGGAUACUGAUCUCUUAUCCUCUGGUCUGGGAUCAGGAGAAGAAGUUUUGCCUACUCUGCCUACAGUGUCAGUAAAAUUUUCUGAAGUGGAACAAAUUAUUAGCACAGUAUAUCCCCACACUUCUCAAGUGGCAAGUUUAGAAACAAGUAUCUUCAGCGAUGGAACUAAAGAUGAUGAGAGAGUGGAAAAUGUGGUGAGUGAAGUUGGACCCCUCAUUUCCAAAACAGAUGAAGUCUCCAAAAGUAGUGAAGGGGCACCCAAUACAACCUUAACAGAAGUCUCAGGCAACACUGGAGCAGCAGGACCCACCACGGCACCUAGCUCUGUCUCCACAGACAUUGAACAUCCUCAAAGUCAGACCCUCAAAUGGGAAGAAGAAAUGCAGACUAGUAGACCACAAACUGUAACACAGCAACUCUCCAGUGAGUAUUCUUCAACGGCAGAAAAUAAAGAAACAGCAAAUGCUCCCACUGGUUUUCUUGAAAUGGCCCAAGAAUUUGUUACACCAGCACCAAAGCUGUCUGAGUUGUUUGAUGAAAAUUCUGGAGAAGGAUCUGGGGAAGUGGAUCUCUCUAAUUCAAUCCACGCUGCUGGAACUACUGAGGCAACGGGGCCAAGAAGCACCACAUAUGUUUUUGAUAGCUUUCUGGAGAAGCAUUCUGAAGUGCCAAGUGCUGAAGCUGUAGCUGCUGAUGGAUCCCCAGCGGUUUCUGUGGUGCUGCCUCUUCGUUCAGAGCAGAAUGAAACCUCCCCUGAGACAAGGAGCACCCCGUCAGGCAUGGUGUCCCAUGAGGCACCCACAGAAAGUGUCUCCGGUAGUUUCCAAGAUCAUUUCAUAGGAUUCGAGGAUGCCACCUUAAAACCUACCCGGAGAAAAGCCACCGAAAAUAUUAUCCUUGAUCUAGACAAAGAGGAUAAGGAUUUAAUAUUGACAAUUACUGAGAGCACCAUUCUUGAAAUUCUUCCUGAACUGACAUCAGAUAAAAAUACUAUCAUAGAUAUCGAUCACACUAAGCCUGUAUAUGAAGAUAUCCUUGGAAUGCAAACAGACAUAGAACCAGAGGUGCCAUCAGAACCACGUGGCAGUAAUGAAGAAGGCAUCCGGGUUCAAGAGCUGGAUGUGGCAGCUGCCAACCGUUCUUUAGCUGAGGAGCCAUUUGAGAGCUCUGGUGAUACUCUUCUGGCUAGUAAUACUCAGGCAACAUAUCACGAAUCAAUGACUCCUGAUACUGGAAACCAAUUAGAUCACAUGGGCUUUAACUUUGCCACUGGGAUCCCUAUCCCUACCACAGAAACGGAAUUAGAUAUUUUCCUUCCCACAGAAACUUCUCUGCCCAUUCCUAGAAGUUCUGCCACAGUUAAUCCAGAGAUGGAAGAACUGAAAAUUGAAGCAAAACCUCUGGAUGACAUAUUUGAAUCAAGCACUUUGUCUGACAGUCAAGCUAUUGCAGACCAAAGUGAAAUGAUAUCAACGUUGGGUCAUUUGGACAAGACACAGGAAGAGUAUGAAGAAAAGAAAUAUAUGAGUCCUUCUUUUCAGCCAGAAUUCUCUUCAGGGGCUGAGGAAACAUUGAUAGAUCCCACUCCUUAUGUAAGUAUUGGUAAUAUCCUCCUUACAGCUCAGAGUUUAACAGAAGCCCCUGAGGUGUUGGAGGGGUCCAGUCCCUCUUAUUACACUGAUACAACAUUAGCAGGUUCAGCAUUUGCAAAGUUGUCUUCUCAGACAUCAUCCUCUCCAUUCCCUGCCUACUCAGGCGGAGAAACCUAUGAACACACAGAGGUUCCCCAGCCAAGUGCUCUGCCAGGUACAGCUGCUGGCCCAUCUCAGAGGUCUACAGAGGAUUCUCUCCAGGAAGUUCAUGCGGAUAUUGAAGCAACUGUCAAGGCAUCCAAUGAUGAAUACUUUCAGGUAACCCAUCCUCCAUCCUCAUCUCCUGACCCAGCAUUAGAACCUUUGGAGGAAGCAAGUAAAUCUAAUUUAUUGGAAGAAAAGGAAGCUUCUCCCACACAACUAAUUGCCGAGGAAGGCACUGAGACUUCCCAAGAUUUCCAAAACAAAGCCAAUGACCAGUUUUCUGGAGAAAUAGUUGAGGUGUUKCCCAGUGUGGGGGAACCUGAGGCUGGAACUAUUAUUACAGCUGCCAGCGAAAUUCAGUUAGAAGGUGCUGCACCAUGGCCACAUUCUACUUCUGCUUCUGCAACUUCCAGGGUUGAGGCAAGUGUGGUGCCUCAGCCCAGCCCACAGACUUUGGAGAGGCCCACAAUUCCUUCUUCUUUGGAAAUAAACCCUGAAACACAGUCAGCUUUCCCCGGAAGGGAGGGUCCCACAGUAGCAGUAUCAGAAAAGCAACUAUCGGUGAGAACUCUUGAUUCCAAUCAGGCAACAGUAAGCACUGUGGAGUUAAAUACUGAGCUUGCAACGCCACCAUUUUCCCUUCUGGAAACUUCUAAUGAAACUGCUUUGUUGAUUGGCAUUAAUGAAGAGUCAGUGGAAGGCACAGCAGUCUUUUUACCAGGAACUGACCGGUGCAAAACAAACCCAUGCCUUAAUGGAGGCACCUGCUAUCCUACCGAAACCGCUUAUGUAUGCACCUGUGUGCCAGGAUACAGUGGAGACCAGUGUGAACUUGAUUUUGAUGAAUGUCACUCUAAUCCCUGUCGGAAUGGAGCCACAUGUGUUGACGGUUUCAAUACAUUUAGAUGCCUCUGUCUUCCAAGCUACGUUGGUGCACUUUGUGAACAAGACACUGAGACGUGUGACUAYGGCUGGCAUAAAUUCCAAGGGCAGUGCUACAAGUACUUCGCCCACCGACGCACGUGGGAUGCGGCUGAAAGGGAGUGCCGUCUGCAGGGCGCCCAUCUCACCAGCAUCCUGUCUCAUGAGGAACAAAUGUUUGUGAAUCGUGUGGGCCAUGAUUAUCAGUGGAUAGGCCUCAACGAUAAGAUGUUUGAACACGACUUCCGUUGGACUGACGGCAGYGCACUGCAAUAUGAAAAUUGGAGACCCAACCAGCCAGAUAGCUUCUUUUCUGCUGGAGAAGACUGUGUUGUGAUCAUUUGGCAUGAGAAUGGUCAAUGGAAUGAUGUUCCCUGCAAUUACCAUCUCACUUAUACCUGCAAGAAAGGAACAGUUGCUUGCGGCCAGCCCCCUGUUGUAGAAAAUGCCAAGACUUUUGGAAAGAUGAAACCUCGUUAUGAAAUCAACUCCUUGAUUAGAUAUCACUGCAAAGAUGGUUUCAUUCAACGCCACCUUCCAACCAUCCGAUGCCUAGGAAAUGGAAAAUGGGCUAUGCCUAAAAUUACCUGCAUGAACCCAUCUGCAUACCAAAGGACUUAUUCUAAGAAAUAUUUUAAAAAUUCCUCAUCAGCAAAGGACAAUUCAGUAAAUACAUCAAAACAUGAUCAUCGUUGGAGCCGGAGGUGGCAGGAGUCCAGGCGCUGAUCCCUAAAAUGGCGAAUAUGUGUUUUCAUCAUUUCAGCCAAAGUCCUAACUUCCUGUGCCUUUCCUAUCACCUCGAGAAGUAUUAUCAGUUGGUUUGGAUUUUUGGACCACAUUCCAGUCAUUUGGGGUUGCUGUGCUCCCAAAACAUUUUAAGUGAAAGUAUUGGCAUUUAAAAAGAAAGCAAACACAAUGAAAGUAAAUGAGGGCAGAAAGUGAGCGUUUCCAGCCUAUCCGAUUUCUUUAGUUUUCUAUUUGUCUCGGUGCAGACCAUUUCAUCACGUCCACCAGCCUACUGUACUAUUUAAAACACUCAAUUUUAGCACCAGUGGCCAUGUAAAUAAGAUGAUUUAAUGUUGAUUUUAAUCCUGUAUAUAAAAUAAAAAAAAAAUCACACUGAGUUCUGGCAUAUUUAAUGAUGAUUAUGGAGACUUUACAGGUCUUUAAUCAUUGGUUUGGCUGCUUAUAUGUAGUUUGUUUAGGCUGGAAAUGGUUUCACUUGCUCUUUGACUGACAGCAAGACUGAGGAUAGCUUUUCCUGGGCAACUAGCAAACAAAACCUUGGACCGCACUGCACCCAUCUCACUCAGAGGUGCCGUUUGCCUCCGAGUGAUGCUAAAACCUGGCUAACGGGAUCCUGAUGGAACUAAGGACUCCACUGUGGACCUCUUCUUUGCUGCAUCCCUUUUCCUUCACUCACAAGAAAGGCCUGAACAGAGGACUUUUCUAUGACCAGGAGCAUUUUUUUUUUUUAGGGGUCAAAGUGCUAAUUAUUAACUCAACCAGGUCUACUUUUUAAUGGCUUUCAUAACACUAACUCUGGUAAGGUUACAGAUUCAAGGCAUUUCACAUGGAUAGAGACUGAGGGCUCUGGAGGGUGGGGGAUUGUUAAAACCACACACAUGCAGAAAAAAAAGAGAAAUUUUGUAUAUAUAACCAUUUUAAUCUUUUAUAAAGUUUUGAAUGUUCAUGUAUGAAUGCUGCAGCUGUGAAGCAUACAUAAAUAAAUGAAGUAAGCCAUACUGAUUUAAUUUAUUCGAUGUUAUUUUCCCCAAGACCUGAAAAUUGGUGUAGUAUGCUAGUUACUUUUCAGUGUUAGCCUUUAUACUUUGCUCACACAGUUUGGAACAUAUAAUAGAGGUACUUUGUCCCUGAUUAAAUAAUGUGAUGGAUAGAAUGCAUCGAGUGUUUACUAUGAAAAGAGUGGAAAAGUGUAUGGCUUUCAGCAAGUGGUGUUUGCCCAUGUCCUGAGUGUUUUUGUAGAGAUAGUGUGGGCAUUUCUUCCCAUCAGGUGGAGUGUAUAUGUGGAAAUUUCUCCUGUCUCUUCCCACUCCAUUUUCUCCUUCCUAUUUGAAUAAAGUGACUGCUGAAGAUGACUUUGAAUCCUUAUCCACUUAAUUUAAUGUGUGAAGAAAAACUGUAAUGGGAAGAAGGCAUUUACAACUCUUUCCCUAAUUUCAGUUACAGCAACAUUAAGAAGGGUAGACGACAAAUAAAAUGCAAAUAGGAAUGACACAUGUCUGAGGAGAUAGGCAUGUGUAACCUGAUUUAAAUAUUACACAAUGUAUACAGGAAUUGAAUGAUCACAUGAUAUCCCAUAAGUAUGURACCCUUUAAUGUUUUUAUGUAUCAGUAUAAAAAAUUUAAUUUAAAUUUUUAAAAAAGGGAAAGAAAACUUAGAAUAACAGCAGAUGGGAGUUAACCCAACAUUGAUUGUUUUUCAUCAAAACUCUUUGGCUUAGAAAGAAUGACUAUAGCUCACAAUCAUACAAGGUGUCUUUAAGCAAGUUCCCUUGGUUCCUGCAUUAAAUGUAACCCACCCUUAGAUGUUCUAGAGCACAGAAAAACAUGGUGUUGACCUAUUAGGUUUUUGUUUUUUUCUUUUUUCAUUACAAUGCACAUAAUACUUUCUUGUAUUUAUAUUAUAACGUGUAUAGUGUAAAAUGUGAAUGACUUUUUUGUGAAUGAAAAUCUAAAAUCUUUGUAACUUUUUA